AUGUCAGGCAGGGCGCCAGUAUAUUUCUUUAGCCAUGGAGGGCCGAAUGUCAUGUACGAGAAAGACCAUGAGGUCUAUCCUGUCCUCCAGAACAUUGGCAAGGAAAUUACCCAGAAAGUGAAGCCAAAGGCCGUGGUGGUAUUCAGCGCCCACUGGCAGGCCAAACCUGAUCUCAUCCAGGUCAACAAUGCACUGAUGACCGACCUGAUCUACGACUUUUAUGGCUUCCCUGGUUACAUGUACCAGGCCACCUACCCAAACCAGGGCAACCCACAGCUGGCCAGUCACAUCAUCGACCUCCUCUCCUCGGCCGGCAUCAGGGCGCAGGGCGUCAAGCGCGGUCUCGACCACGGCGUCUGGGCCGGCUUCCACGUAGCCUUUGAUCCCGUCGAGAACCCCCUCAACGUUCCGCUCGUCCAGGUCUCCCUAUUCCACUCCGAGGACCCAGACCAGCACUACCGCCUAGGCCAGGCCGUCGCCAGCCUUCGCGACGAGGGCGUUGUCAUCAUCGGUGCCGGCAUGUCAGUGCACAACCUGCGUGAUAUGUGGAGCAUGAUGGUGUCCGACGACCCGAAGAAGCCGCGGCCGUAUGCCGUCACGUUCGAUAAUGCGCUGAAGGAGGCCGUGGAGGCUCCUGUCGAGGAGAGACAGAUGAGAAUGGCCGCCGUCUGCGGUCGCCCGGACGCCAAGCAGGCACACCCUUGGAUGGAUCACCUGAUGCCCGUUUACGUCGCUGCUGGGGCUGCUGGUCCAGAUGUUGGGAAGCAGCUGUGGACGAUGCAGGAGGGUUGUUUCGGCUGGGCUCAGUACCGCUUCGGAGACAGUCCAGGGGGAAGUUGA